GACUUCUUCUCCUCCCGCUCCCACUGCUGCUGCUGCUGUAUAAAAUGCGUUGCAAACAGGCCGUCAGCGAUGCCUUUUGGUCGGACUGAGGUGAGGGGCAGGGGGACCGUCGAGAGUCGAGACACACGGGCAGGAAAGCCGGCCAUGUUUCUGUCCUCACAUUCUUGGCAACAGUUGCCCUUGCUCGUAUGAAACGAGCGGAAUCUGAUAUCUGGACCCACCAGCCGCCAUCUCUUUUCGAACUGGGCUCUCGUCGUAUGUCAAAAUCUCUCUCGGAUUCCUCAUCGCCGCCACCGUUUAGGCGAAGCUCGGCAAGCCUAGAUGUUACUGAAUGUUACUGAAUGUUACUGAAUGGCCUGGACAUGAUUGGAGUCUCAGAGAUUCGAGGCUUCGGCCCAAUUCACUGGCUCGAGCGAGCUUCCGUGGCCGGGCCAGCGAUCACUGAUUGACAGACAGACCGAUACAUGAAACUGUCGGUGGCGUGACAAUCAUUGCCAAGGUUCGGGUCGACCAGUGCACGGACGUACAUUCACGAGGGUAGGAGAGAAAUGGAGAUGUAGAGCAGACAUACCACCCCGCGAACGCUGAAGUCAUGCUCUGUCGGCCUGUCUGCCUGAACGACCGACCGAUCGUCUAUCUGGGCACCGAUGUUCGAAAGCUCAGAAAGGGCAUGCCAGUCAAUCACCCAGUCAGUGGGUCGGUCAUGUGGUGGGUCGGACUGCACCGAGUGCAUGCGCUGAGCAGAGCACAGCAGAUGAUAGCUCGGCUGCGCUUUGCUUCCUCUCGCUCGUCUGGGACCAUGGCUCAUGGCACCAGAUCCGUGGACUACACGACUCAGGAAGCUGCGUAGAAUUCUGUCGAGAUUGUCAAGCCAGCGCAAACGAUGAAGAUCGUCGUGGCCUUUUCUCGUCACCUGGCUGCAAUUUGCUUGCACAAUUCCACGUCCCGAGCGCAUGCGGAGAUUAGAGGGUGAAUUUCAUUUCGAACGAGGAGAAGGAAAGGGUCGAAUCCGGGGUUUGAGGAAGGUUGGAAGCGCAGGGGCAAAUUGUUGGUGACCAUGUCGCUGGAAACUAUCCCCGAGUCGCUGGACACGGCGGGCGUGGCCGCCAUGGUGUCGGUGAUGGGGCGGUACACGCUGGAGAGUCUGCGGGACAGCGAGCGACGAGCUCAGCACAAAGAGCAGUGCGCCGAGAGGCUGAGGUGCAACGACGGGCGGCAGGUGCAGUACGCGGAGCAGGCGGUGCUGGCGAAUUUGGACUGGGGAAUCGGAGCUCUGGAGGAAGCGAUUCGCACCACGAACGACGAGACGAAGGUGGCGCGCUUGGAUCACUCGGAGAAGAUGCUGCAGGUGUGCGCGCUGCUCGACUGCCGAGCCACCACGGCCGGCGUGCCCAACUCGUACCUCUCGGCCUGGGCGCACCUCAACCUCGCCUUCGUCUGGAAGCUGCGUGGCGACGAUCGCCAGGCCGCCAUGCACAUGCUCGAGAUGUUCCUCGUGGAUCCGCUCUUCUCCCGAGUCGAUUUCGCCCCGGCCCUCUGGGAGCACCUCUUCCUCCCGCAUCUGACCACCAUCAUCCGCUGGUACACGAGGCAGCGCCAAAGCGUCGUGCUCACGGGGACAGCCCGCACGAUGACUGAGGAGUACGAGAGCUCUGUGUCCAUGUCGCGGGACUUCGAUCUCUCGAGCUCGAGCUCGCAGAAUGAUCGCCAGCUGAAUGUGUUCGAUCUGUCGGCCGAUCAGACGUCGCAGCUGCAGGCGCUGGAGAAGCUGUACCAAGACUCUUUGGACGAGAACACUCGCCAGUACGCUCGUUAUUACAGGGACUGGUUGAACUACGACUCGGCCUACAGCAAGAGCCGCAACAAACCUCUGAUGCCCAUCGCCGAGCCUCCCCAAGCUCCCGUCCCCGACCAAGGGGCCAUGGCCACCAUGCCCAACAAGAGAAUGGCCACUUCUGCCGCUUAUCAAAGAAUGGCACCACCCAAAAUGAUGGAGCAGGUCCAAGCAGCGCUGGAGUUCUCUGCACCUGGGCAAUUGAGAAGUGGUUUAGCGUCAAUGGAUGAUCCGGACUCUCCAAAUUCCAACUUCCGAAAGCCCACGAGGGAGGACAAUUUGAUGAGCCUCGACCAAAAUCUCAACGUCAUGAACAUCACGAGCGAUAUCAUGAAUCAGGCACCUGAACAUGCCCAGCCGCCACAAUCGCCCAGCAGCAGCAGCAGCAGCAGCAGCCGCCCCUUGCAUUUGCCUCCCUCUCUCAGUCGUCGAGAUUCUCUGGCCAAAGCCUUCACCGUGCAAGGGACUGCCCAGCCUGUGCCGGCCGCACAGCACCUGCAACUGCAGCAACCACAGGGGCACACGGCGCUAGCAGGCAGCAGUCAGUCGACAUCUUCAUCAGAUGAAUUCGAGUCCGUCAGUGGAAGCCCCCCGACUGACUCUGAACACUCUCCCCAAAGUCUCAAGGAAUCAUCCAACUCAUACCCGAAGAGCAGUGCUUCUCCUGUAUCACGAUCACCUACGAGUCAAAGCCCCAGAGCCAUGGCCACUGCUGCCGUAGGACUUCUGCGCACCUUGUCCUUCAAGAGAGAUCAGACCGGGCCUCCUGUCACGACGGAGACUCCCUACGCGUCCGGCAGACACAACAAAAACCUCAGCAGCGGCAGCGGCAACCACAGCCAAGAUUCAACCAUAGAGCGAGCUCGCGGCAAAUCCAAGUCCGGCUACGAGGUGGGGCUGCCCUCGAAAAAUUCUUCCAUCAGUAGGCGCUUCACGGAUGCCCUCGCCAAUUCGACCGACUCGCCUCGGGCUUCGGCAGCGUGUCCAAUCGCCAGCUCGGGAUCCAGCGACGAGUCGGAGAGCUUAGGAGGACGGGCAGGAGCUGAAGCAGGAGCAGAGACAGCGAUAGCGACAGGAGACGCAAGGAUUCAGGAACACCAACAACAGCCACCACCACCAGAAUUGCAGCUGCAACACCAGCAAUCGCGUAUCAGCAGAAGUGUGUCUAAGGUGACAAGAGUACGGGGCCUUCGAUUCCAGUCCCGAUAUGCAGACGAGGAGGAUAUGCAGAUGGACGACAGCGGUUGCCUUAAUAUGAGCACGUGUGGCGGAGCUGCUGCUGCUGAUGGAACCGACGACGAGAGUGAUGUCGAAGGCUCCUCUGUGAACUCUGCUGAAAGACCUGCGUCGCUUCCUCGGAUUGGGUCUCAGGCAGAAAGCAGUGCGUCGACAGUCGAGCAUCAGCACCAAGACCAGGGGCACGUGGGAAUCAGCCACAGCCAAAGUCAUGGGAGGAGUGAAUCUCAGCCGAGUUCCAAAUCCGAUAUUAGCAGAGCGACCCAGCUCACGAGACCACCCAAGGAUUUCGUGUGCCCUAUCACAAACCAGCUGUUCGAUGAUCCCGUGACUCUGGAAACAGGGCAGACAUACGAGCGCAAGGCAAUUCAGGAGUGGCUGGAUCGAGGCAACACCACAUGCCCCAUCACUCGGCAAACGCUGGUCAUCAGCGCCCUACCCAAGACGAACUACGUUCUCAAGAGGGUCGUCGAUUGCUGGAAAGAGCAGCACCCGGAGCUGGCUGCAGAAUUCGGGUCUUCUGCAGAGUCUCCUGAAAUGAGCAUUAUGAGCAGCGGCCACCAACAGGGCAGCAGCACCGGAGGACUCUCUCCCAUUAAGAUGAGGCCGUCGAGAGGCUUGACGGAAUUCGGUGAAGGAUCCCUCGAGCCUAUGUCCCCAUCGGACUCUAUCUCGCCCUUGUCAUUGUUCGAGAGCUCAGGGAGACCAGUUUCCAGGAGGUUCAGCAGGAGGACUUUGUCCAGUCAAGGCAGACGUACUCCGCUUAGUCCGGUGGUGAUCGAAGGCCUGCUGCUGGAUGUUUGCCCGGCCAUCAGACGCCUCUGCAGCUCGGAAGACUUCGAGGGAUGCGAGUCCAUGGUCCUGGAGAUUGCACGCAGCUGGCAGGAAGCUAGAGCGGACCCGAAAAUGGUCGCAGCUCUGCUAAAAGCUGGUGCUGUCGACAGUUUGAUGGAGGUUUUGGCGAACUCAUCGUCUCUCGAGGUGCUGAGGGCCACCAUUUACUUGUUGUCCGGUUUGGUCGAUAAAGAUGACUCCACCAGGCAAAUCAUAUUACGAAUCGAUCCCAGACUGACAGCUUUGAUCGGCAUUCUGAGAAAGGGGCUCACGAUGGCAGUCGUGCUUUUGUACCAGCUCAAGCUCCCGGUUCAGCAGCUCGCUUCCCUUGAUCUUCUGCCCCUUCUCGUGCUGGUCAUCAAGCAGAGUGACGAGAACAAUGCUGUCGUCAUAGACCACGAGGAGCUUCCUCUGACAGUAAGACCAAAAUAUGCAGCAAUCAUGCUUCUGGAUCAGAUCGUCACGAGCGGUGAUCCUGCGGCUUCUGAACAAAGCGCUCAAGCGAUUCACGACCUCGAGGCAGUUCCUUCUCUCAUCUCUAGCCUCGGAUCAUCCAAUAUGGACGAACGCAUCAGUGUUUUAUCUCUGCUGCUCUCCUGCAUGCAAACAGAUGGCAGGAGCAGACACUUGAUCGUCCAGCUCUGUAAUUUGACGCCAGUGGUGGACCUGCUCCACAGCGGAAACAACAGAGGCCGGUCUGUGACUAUAUCAUUCCUCGCUGAUCUGGUCCAUCUUCCCAGGAGAUCUUCGUGCAGAGAUGUUCUGCAAGCAGUAAAGAAAGAAGGGCUUUUGAGCAGUAUGCACGUGCUUCUGGUGCAUUUGCAGAUGGCCCCCAUCGAACAGAAGCCGGUGGCUGCUGGCCUCCUUCUUCAGCUCGAUUUGCUGGAAGAGCCUCGCAAACGAAGCAUGUUUCGUGAAGAGGCCGUCGAAUCUCUCGUCGAAGCUCUGAACAACACGGAGGAUGUUAUUUCCCAAAUCGAAGCGGCCAGGACCCUUGUGUCUCUCGGUGGUCGUUACUCCCGCUCUGGAAGGUCAAUGAUGGAGCCAUGGCUACUCAGAACAGCUGGCCUGGAGAAGAGCUUUCAGUCUUUUGUAGAUGAGGAGCCAGAUUGCAGCGAUCAAACACAGGAAGAAGAAGAAGAAGAAGAAAAAGUGGCCAGACUUUGGGAACGAAAAGUCGCAGCAGCCUUGGUCGGACAUGAUCUUGGAACACUGAUCGACUCUCUGGGUCAAGGCAUUCAGUGCAAGAACCCAGAAGUUUCCAAACCAUCCAUGGUCGUCGCCACCUGGCUCACGCAUCUGCUCCCCGUCCUCCCUGAUACGGGUAUACGGCAAACUGCACGAAGUACCUUCUUAGAUCACUUCGUUGGAGUGCUGCAGACGUCUAAAGAGCUCUCACAGAGAGCUCUUGCCGCCCUUGCUAUCCACAGCUUCAUUUCUGAUCAAGAAGGAAUUGAAGAACUUUUAAAGUAUGCCAAGGACAUUUCCGGCCCUUUGAGGCAUUUGAAGAAAACCACAUGGGUGGCUAAAGAGAUUCUUCGAGCUUUCAACGCCCACGCUUCUCUCCAGUUGGCCGAGCUAUGGCUUCAUGGCGAGCAACAUCAGCUCGAUACGUCUGCGAACGGGGAAGUGCGUUCUCUCAGCCGAGCAAAAUGUCGUCUAUUCUCGGGCCAUUCGGACGGCACUAUCAAGGUUUGGGAUGUACGGAAGAGGUUUCCAGCGCUCAUCCAAGAGAUCAAGGAACACUCCAAGUCUGUUACCUCUCUGGCUGUAUCUGUGAAUGCAGACAGACUGUACAGCGGCUCACUUGACAAGACCAUCAGAGUAUGGGCCCUUGGAAUAGACGAGAUUCACUCUGUACAUGUCUUUGACUUGAAAGAUGCGAUUAUGGGCCUUGUGGUGAACGGUCCUAUGGCUUGCAUCAUACCUCAAGGAGCAGGCAUCAAGGUUCAGUACGAGGAUACCGCAACGAAGGUACUCAACCAGUCCAAGCACGUGCAGAGUUUAGCAAUCUCCGGAGGCAAAAUCUAUUGUGGAUGUACAGACAACAGCAUCCAGGAGAUCGAUCCAAUGUCGGGAUCCAUCGAAGUCAUACAACACGGAGUGGGGACCUUAUUGAGGAAGAAGGCGAUUUUUGCUGUCCAAGUCAGCAAAGAUCAUCUUUUUACUGCAGGGGCACCUGUUGAUGGUGUUGCUGGCAAGAUCUGGAAAUUGUCUGACAACAGCUUAGUAGGCACUUUGAGCACAACAGCAGAGAUUAGGUCGAUGGCUAUUUCCGAGGACUUCAUCUACCUCGGAUCAAAUACUGGUAUCAUAGAGGUAUGGCUGCGAGAUAGGCUGGUGAAAGUAACAACGAUGAAUGUUGGAAGUAAAGUCCUUUCUCUGAUGCUCGAUGGCGACACUCUUUACAGCGGUUCUGAAGAUGGAAAGAUCCGAGCGUGGACACUGGUCUGAAGGUGUACUUACUACGUCAGAGAGCACGAUUGGGUAAAUUUGAGAAUGUCUUCUUCUCGUGACAACAGCUGCAGCAAAGAGGUUGAUUACCAUAUCCAAGCCUUCUUCCAUGACGUGGCCCUCCAUGCCUUAAUUAUACUACCCACCCAACAGCAACAGCAGUCACGUACUUGGGUGCAAGAGCAGUUACGUCGGGCAAAACAGCACAUCACCUCGGAACUGAACCAAGCCAGCCAACCUUGUACCAUCUUGUACCAACAAUUACCCUACGAAAAAAAGGGUCACCUAAAUACGGGAUCGAAGGAAAGCUAACAAGUCAUGCUGGCAGCCCGAAUGAACUCCAGCAGUGAGCCGUUAUUCACAACCCUCCCAGGUCGGAGAUACUUCACAUCUGUUGUUCUUUUCAAUAACUUGUGGAAAAAAGAUGCAGAUGAAGCUUCCCAGCUUCGGAAAUAUUUGAGGGAGAUCUAAAAGAAUGCACACACAUUUUGAGCUCAAGUUCGACAAUAUACAUCAGUCUUCUCUUUCGGUCGCGACCUGCCGGUGGCAGCUGUGGACCCCAAGGUGGCAUCGAAAAGGUCUGGGCUUUCUCUAGAGGAACUUAAAGAGUUGAACACAGCCGAGAUGCUCUACUCGAACCGGACAUCGUGGCAAUAUUCAUUAUUUGAAGAUAGAAAUUGUACAGAUUGUUUAUAGGAACCGAGCUAUUAACUGAGAUAGGUGCGAUGUUUCAAGAGAUGUAACUCCGCCUUCUAGGACAUAAUCUCAUGUUUCCAUCAUUGUUUCAAUCCUUAUCUAGAGGACCAUCACACAAAAUAAGGGCAAAAGGCCCUGUCUCGCAUGUAGUAUCUGUGAAAUAUAAACCAUAACUCUGAAAUUUGGUGCCCC